CCUAGCUUCUCCCUAGCUUCUCCCUAGCUUCUCCCUAGUUUCAUCCAUCGAUAUCUUUUGGACCUUUGGUUCUGUCGCGUGACAAUGCGCGUGGCUGUUAUUGGUGGUGGAGCCUCUGGCCUGGUCCAGCUUAAGACGCUCCUCCACGCCCACGAGCAUCUCGGCUGCGAUGAGUUCGAACCCCGCUUAUUUGAGGCAAGCUCGAAAGUCGGCGGCGUGUUUCACUCCCAUGUCUACGAGGACGCUGAACUAGUGUCCUCCAAGUACUUGACAUCAUUCUCGGACUUCAGACCGAAACCGGAUGACGAGGACUUCCUCUCAGCUGAGCGAUAUGUCGAGUAUUUGGAGGAGUAUGCUACACACUUUGGACUGUGGAAGUGGAUCGACCUAGAGACCAAGGUGGUGAACAUCAAACGGCAGGGAGGGGGACAUGUUGUUGUGUAUCAGAAACCCAAUGGAACCAUCGAGGAGUGGCCAUGUGAAGCCGUCGCCAUCUGUUCUGGCGUCCAUUCUAAACCAAACAUCCCUUCCAUCUCGGGCAUCGAGCAUGUCCCCACCGUCAUGCAUUCUUCGGAUUUCAAGACCCGCGCCCAGCUGGGCAAGGACAAAACAGUCAUGGUGCUUGGGAGUGGCGAGACGGGCGCGGAUGUCUUAUACGUCUCCAUAACCGCCGACACGAAACGGGUUGUUCUAUGUCACCGCAGCGGGUGGGUUGGGGCUCCAAAGCGGAACCCCCAUCAGCAGGUUCUUCCUUGGCUGUUUGGUUAUGCACCCCCAGAGGAGAAGACCCUACCUGUCGAUGUUGCUCAGAUCACUCUAUUCGACACCAUGUACGUGCAUCCCAUAGUGCGGGAUAGUAUGAUCGUUUGGAACUACUAUCACACGCUAGCUUUGCCUAUUGCAACUUGGGUGGGUAGUGGCAGCAAGUAUGGGAUAGACAUGCAUGUUGGACAGGUCUGGGGAGAGCGAUUCCACAUCUCAAGGUUAUUCUUGAACAAAGCUUGGACAAGAGUGUCGCCGUACAUCUACUAUCCCUGGAUCCCUGAGAGAUGGACCCUUGCAACAAGAAUCCGCCGCUUCUUGAUGGCUCGAGACCUACCCCGUCCCUCGCGGACAAUCGACGUGGCUCCAUUCCCAUCACACAUCUCCGAGGACGGCGUUGCGCACUUCCCCAUUGUCCCAAACCGGCCGGAAUCAGAGCGUAUCCAGCAAUCGACCAUCAAACCUGAUAUCCUCAUCUAUGCUACCGGCUACGUCCCGACUUUUCCUUUCCUCGACACAUCCUCGAGCGACAAUCCCUAUCCUACCUCAACCCAAGCUGACGUUCGCGCAGUCUGGAAGAGAGACGAUCCCAGCGUUGGAUUCAUCGGCUUCGUCCGGCCUAACUUUGGCGCCAUCCCUGCCCUGGCCGAGCUCCAAUCCAUGCUCUUUAUCCAAAACCUCGUCGGCCAACUGCCUCCCCUGGAUCCAGAGGACGAGUACCACUAUCGACUCAUCGUCCCCCCCUCUGCGCGCAUCGGCUACGGCGUCGAGCAUGACUCAUACGCCUACCAGUUAGCAAAGGACAUGACCAUCGCGCCCAGCUUCACCGAUAUCCUACGCCUCUCUUUCGGCGCGUCCCGCGGCUGGAGACUCCCUUGGGUCUGGGCCGCCGGCGGCGCCCUAAAUCCCAAGUUCAGGCUCGUAGGGCCGUGGAAGUGGGACGGCGCUGCGGACGUGCUGACGGGGGAGUGCUGGGAGACUAUCUCGAGGCGGAAGAACAUCUUUGGGAACUUAUCAAUUGCUGUGCUACCGAUGAUUUACCUGGGGAGCUGGAGUUUGUAUUACUGGGCUUACUCACACUUUUGGAAUGGCCUCGCAAGAAUUGGUGUUGCGAAGCCUUUGGAAAUUGAGAAUGUGCCCAAGAGGUUAAUGGAGGAGCUAGCAUUGAAGGAGAUGAUGUAGAGGUGUAUAUGGAUGAAUUGCGACAUUGCAGACCCUAAUACAAGGUAUUUCAGAUUA